GACCUCAAUUAGUAACUCUAAGCGAUCAUUGCACUUUGUUAGAUAACUUCGCAUUACAUAAGUUGUGCGAUUAAAAUAUAGGUAUAUCAAAUCUUUUUUAAAUGCGUUUAAAGACAUAAACAAAGGUUAUGAAACACAGGUUGAAAAAUGGUGGGAAAACUCCGAGGUCGUAAUUUUAUCGUAACAAUGGUGCACAGAAAUAUACGAAAGCAACAUUUUUCUUCAGUUUACGCCCAGUUUUUUUAAGUGAAUCAUCACACAGGAACCUAUGGAAAAACUUGAUUUACAAUAACAAUUUAUAAACUAGUAACGCUAUGAAAAAAUAAUACAAAAUAAAAAUGAAGUUAAAGUGUUAAGUGAUUAGAAAAUAAUUGAAGUCGUGAUAACUAUUAUCGUAUUAAAAUGGCAGUUAAAUUCGAUAGAUGGACAUUUUUAAAGUUAUUAGAAUUAAUUUUUGUAGUUUCUUGUUUAAUUUGCAAAAGAGUGACCGACGAUGAAACCUCAAGGUUGUUUUUAUACUUACAAAAAUUAUCGAGGGAAUGGAGUCUGUUAACAAGUGUAACUUGGGAUAAAAUUGGUUCAUCAGUUGCAGACGCUACUUACGGUGGAUUUUCAAUCGUCACUACGGCUUUGUUUAUUGGAAAGUUAGUUGGUGAACUUCCAAAUGGGCGCAGAAUUACCGAAAUUAUUCUAUUGUUGGUUGGAACUGUUUUGUUUAUCGUUUUAGGAGCGUUGGAAUUAGCAGCUUUGGAGAACUUACCGAAAGACUUAGUGGACAACGCAGCUGUUUUAGGUAGUUUAUCCUUAGCAACGGCAUUUUUAUUUCUUUUGGACUUAACCGGUCCUAAAGGUAAUAAAAAGGCAUCUUUAAAAGACCACAAAUCCCAUAACACUGAUCAAAAACCCGACAUUUUCGUGGUUGAAACUGCCAAAAUCGGCCAUAUUCCCAAACUGGAAGCAGAAAAAAUUAUUAUUCCUUCAGAAAAACGUCCAAACGGCUUCAAAAAUGGUCAGAUUAGCUUCAAAAAAGCAUCAAAAGCACCGCAGAAAUUUGAUAUUUAUGGCAAGGACUAUGAAAGCGGAAGUGAAGAAGACUUAAAAGAAAUUUUAGAAGAAUCUUCACCAGUUUGGAGUAAAAUACGCAGAGGUCAAUAUGUUGUGCCAACCUUUUUUUAUCCUAAAAACGGCCAAAAUAGUCCUGAAAGACCACCAAGCACUCCAGGAGAUCCAGGAUAUGUCCAAUAUACGGCUAGAAAGUGGGGAGAAGGGCGUGAAACACCUAAAACGCCUCGGCAAAGUCCUACAGAAGUAUAAAUAUAUUUAAUAUUAAUUACUGUAAUUAAUAGGGCACGGAACUUUUGUAACAAAAUGAUACGA